AUGCCUGUCUUAACUCUACAUCUCCUCGCCUUCGAACCUUCCAUCAACACGCAAUCAUUCAUCCAUCAACUCAAACAAUCUCCAGAUAUCAAUGUCAUCGUCGCAUCUCGCCCUCAACACAUAGUGAUCCAACCAUCACUACUAGACAAGGACACAUUAUCAAAAACCCAAUGGGAUCUCCUUGUCCUUCUACAAAAAAGCAGCAGAUCCGAUUCUUCAGAACCCGCAACCGCAGAUCCAAUCCCAAGCACGCUGCGUCGGUUCAUAAAAGCCGAAUACAAAAUAACGACAGGAAUCCCAUCAAAGCUAUUAAGCAGCUAUCCAACUCGAGAUGCAGUCCUGAAAACAAGCUCCGAAUCAAUGCCACUCAUCGACUCACUAGACAAGCUCCUAAAAGGAUCCGACACCAAAUCCACAUCUCAAAAUCUGGAAGUUUCUCCUGAACUUCUAGAUUUCAUGAACCAACUCUUAAAAAUACAUUCUGGGCCAGUAACGAUGCUUAAUUUACUCCAUUUCCAUCAUCCAGACGGGAAGAAGAGUUAUUAUGAGUAUGGGCAGGCUUUUGUACCUGUUGCAGGGAAAAGAGGCGGGAAUGCAAAGUUGGUUGGGAACGUAGUUCCUCCAGGCUUUGGGGAUGGAGCUGGUGACUCAAGGGGAUCGAGGGAUCGAUUGCAGAGUGAAUGGUGGAAUGAGAUUUCUAUUGUGCAUUACCCUUCUAUUCGACAUUUUUGUGAUAUGCUUGCUGGUGAGGAUUAUCAGAAGAUUAAUGAGAAAUAUCGAUUAUCGGCGCUGAAGGAUACAUUUUUAUUGUGUACGACGGAAUUCGAUGUUGAGGAUGCAGGGAGGUUGAAGCUGUGA